AUGCAGCAAGGGAAUCAUUCCAUGGUGAAAGGGUUUGUACUGCUGGGCCUCUCCCAGGCAAGAGGAGUCCAGCUCCUCCUCUUUGUCCUCUUCCUCAUCUUCUACUCAUUGGUCCUCCCAGGAAAUGUCCUCAUCAUCUUGACCAUCCGGAGUGACCCUCGCUUGGGCUCUCCCAUGUACUUCUUCUUGGCUAACUUGGCCUUCCUGGAUAUCUGCUACUGUUCCGUCACCCCUCCCAAGAUGCUGGCUGACUUCUUCUCCCGCCGCAAGACCAUCUCCUACAAGGGCUGCAUGGCUCAGCUCUUCUUCCUCCAUUUGCUCGGUGGAUCCGAAGUCUUCCUUCUCAUUGGCAUGGCCAUCGAUCGGUAUGUGGCCAUCUGCCACCCCUUGCAUUACUCGAUUGUGGUGAGUAGACCAGUCUGCAGCGCCAUGGUGGUGGGAUCCUGGUGCUUGGGCUUUGUGCACUCCAUUAUCCAAGUCAUCCUUAUUGUCCCCCUCCCUUUCUGCGGCCCAAACAAGCUGGACAAUUUCUUCUGCGACAUCACUCAGCUCGUGAAAUUGGCUUGCGUUGAUACCUAUGCUCUGGAGCUCUUCAUGUUUGUGAACAGUGGCAUUUCCACCCUCAUUGGUUUCAUCCUUCUCAUCAUCUCCUAUGGGAUCCUACUGGUCAAGGUGAGGACAGGCUCGAGCCAAGGGAAGAACAAAGCUGCCUCAACUUGCAUCACUCACAUGAUCAUUGUGGUCAUCAUGUUCUGUCCCGCCAUCUACAUCUAUUGCCGCCCCUUCCUGGAAUUUCCUUUUGACAAGGUCGUGGCCAUAUUCCACACCAUGGUCUUCCCCUUGAUGAACCCCAUGAUCUACACUUUGAGGAACAAGGAGAUCAAGCAAGCCAUGAGGAGGCUGUUGAGCAAACACAGACCUCUAGCUUGA